AUGCGAACUUUGGAGACUGGAUAUGGGUUUGCCACUGUGAUGUGCAAGCUGGCCUUUUUGCUUCCUGGUCAGAAUGCAAGGGACCCGGGAUUUUGGCAAGAGGUGGAAGACAUAAUUAGGUUUGAGCCAGAGGAGGAGGUCCUAGAGGAGGAGGUCCUAGGGGUGGGGCGGUUUGCUCGGGCCAUUUGGCUGGAUGAUUUUAGCGCAAGUUGUAUUCAAGCCGAGGAGAAUCGGAUUGCUGCUGCUGGGCAUGAUUUUGGAACGGUAUGUGAUGAUAGUGACUUAAGCGCGCUGGGUCGAUGGUUCGAACACCAACGACGGAGACUUGAUAAAAUGCCGGAGCCGAGCGAGCUCCUUUUCCUCACCCGCCGCACAGUGGAAGAAUACGAGCAAUGGGACCAGGCUGCAAAUUUGGAGGUAAGGAAUUGGAUUGAUCCAAAAACUGCGGGUCUGUCGAAAGACAGCAUGGCAUUAACCUUAUUGAUAACCUACGGGAUGUUAUAUCGUGAUAACUAUGCCAGAGCCGGCCAUAGUUUUGAAGCCACGCCCCCCGGUCCUUCAUUGAUUCGCUGGGCGUGGUAUACCUGGGAGGAAGACAACAUGCAGCUCGAGAAGAGACUGAAAACGUUGGCCCUGCUUUCUCGAUGGUCUUCUAUGAAGGCUCUGAGUGGUCUGUUAAGACAGCCGCCUGGAUCGUCGUAUUCACUGCAGAAGGUGACCAAGGAGGCGUGCCAAGCUGCUGCCGCCUUUUGGUUCUGCCCAGGUGAUUGCCAAAGAGAAAAGGGUGUUGACGAGGUUGUGGACGCAGUUGUUGAAGAUGUCAUGCAAGGCCGCUCCGUGUUUGAAGCUGCUCAACGUCGCGAACAACUGCUAUCAAAACAAUAUAUGGACGCUUAUCAACGGUGUCAGUACCAGUUUUUGUCAGUGUAUUUCCCAGGGGCUCCAGACUUCGCAUGCGAUUCCAGACAGCCUUUCGAGGAACGAAUAUCCAUAGACGCUCCGCAAUUUCCUGUCGGUUCAGAGACUAAGAUUAAUUGCAUUGACGAUUACGGGAACUAUAACCUGCGCCAGUGGGCUUGGUUCGAGGAAGAACUGGUGCGUUCCUUGCUAAAGUCGUUCCUUUGUGAGCUGUCUCAAUCCGAAUUGAAAACCGUUAACGACAUGAUGGGGAGGAGCGAGUGGAUCACAAUUUCGAUGAACCAAGAAGACUUUGACGACCGCUACAACGAAGUCCUGAAACAUGUUGUUCGUCGUGUUGCCCACACCCAAGCAGAAGAAUACGCACAUAGACUCUCCUGUGUCCAGAUGACGGUCACCCAAAAAUCCCUACACCAAGCCGCAAAGGUUUCGUUGGACCCUUUGCCCACAACGACAGCCCCCGCUGACAAAGCUCUUCCACCGGACAGCUUAUGGAGUCGUGUGUAUUCCGAACAUAUAGCCAAGCAAAUUGAGAAUAAACAGUUUUUUGUGGAGGAAAGAGAAGUUAGCGGUGAGCCAUAA